AUGGACAAAGAAAAUACAAAUUCAAUAGUUUGUGUACCAUUAAAUCUUAGUGCUAAUGAACCAGUAAAUCUUGGUGCUAAUGAACCAGUAAUUCUUGAUGAUAAUGAAUCAUUAAUUGAUAAUAAUGAACCACUUGUUCUUGCUAAAAAUAAACCUGCUAUUCGUGUUCAUAAUAGAACAUUUGUUCGUAGUAAUAAUAAAUCAUUUACUCGUGAUCAUAGUAAAGGAUUUGUUUCUGGUAAUAAUGAACCAGUUCUUUUUGAAAAAAGUAUUCGAGGUACAGUCGUUACGGUCAAUCGUCUUAAACACUAUGCGUUCAUAAAAAGAAAAGACAAAGUCGAAUCACGUGAUGUUUUUGCUCGUGAAGCGUCAAUCAUCAAUGAAUUACAUCAAAAGAAGUUUUUUAUAUCGGAUAGUUGCAAAUUUGAUACAAUCAAAAAUUAUGUUCGACAUGUAAUGACAAAUGAUCAUUUUCGUUUUGUCGGUGCAUGGCAAAAUCGUCGAUGGCGGACAUAUUUAGUUGCUUUUUGUGUUAUGAUUACAAUUAGUAUUUCAAUGUUUUUUCGUUAUUCACAUUUUCAAAUAUUUCUUUUUAUUGUUGAUCUGUUACGUAUGAUUGAACAUAAUACACCAAUUGCAUUUCCUGCUACACCAUUAUUAACAGUUAUAUUGGCAUUAAUUGGAACGGAAGCAAUUAUGUCGGAAUUUUUCAGUGAUGCGUCAACUGUUUUUUUUAUAUAUCAUUUUGCAUUUUAUGCAUAUCAUGAUCGUUACAAUGGACAAUAUUCUGGUUUAGCAUUAACAACAAGUUGUUGUUUUAUAAUUCAUUCAAUGUUUUAUUUUUUUCACCAUUCUGAAUUACCUGUUAUUGAAGCUCAACUUGGUCAUACAUUUGUUGAUCAAAAUAUAAUAACACAAGUAUCUUUACCAACAACAACAACAACAAAUAGAGAUGGAAGUGAUACUAAACCAUUAAACAACAUCUUAAAAUAUUAUUUAAUUAAAUUAUGCAUAUCAUUUAAUAUUUUCAUUUUUUUUAUUCACUAUACUUUAUAA